GCGUGAGUAUAGUGUUUUCAAGGAAAACAGAACACUUAAUAGUGUCACCUGUCAAUUAGGCACAAUAAAGUAGGUGGGAGAAGUUCAAUAAUAAUUUUUUUUUAUCAUAACGAAUUACUUACGAGCUUGAUAUCUGUACAAUUCAGAAUGAGGUCGCAGAAAUUCGAAUAGAUUAUCUCUCAAUCACAAAAAAAGACUCUGACACCACUUAGAGAUAUAAGAUCAAUAGUCUGAAGAGUUUGUACAUCAGUCGUCAUUGGCUGAUGUACAAAAAACCGAGCAGCACCUUUCAAGCACCAUCAUCGCCGGUCACCAAUACCGAUCCGGCAGCACCCCAGCCCAAACAUUCGCGACUCCACCACGUUGCACUAGUGCUCCUGGCCCUUUCUGUACGACAGCGUAUCGAACAUGUCGACGAGGAUGGCCUACAUCGUUGCCGUCGACUCCGCCGUGCCCAUCACGGUAACCCCACGUGUACGGAUCCACUCCGAUGGAGUCGACGGAGGUGAUCGACACUAGCUCCUUCUUCUGCCUUGAGCUUAGAUGAUUUUUGUCGACACUGAGUAGCUCAUUAGUAGGAUAUUGUCCGUUUUGGGCCAAGCCCACACGGAUUUACUUUUGGAGUAGCCUCUCCAAAAGGCCUUGUACUUAGGGAUGGAAAUCAAACCCAUGGCCGCGGGUAUCCGACCGCCCCCGACCCAGUCAACGCGGGGAAUCCCCGCUUUGACCGGGUAUGGGGCGGGUAUGGAUAAAACCCGCAAAAAGUUUGAUGGGUAUGGGGCGGGUAUGGUUUUAGCCUCCCCCGCCCCAUACCCAUCCCCAUACCCGCCCCACCAAGAUAAUUUCUUCAUAUAUAAAAAAAAUAUGUGCAUCGAAUUAUAAUCUAUCAAUGACGAUGAGGAUAACUUAAGAAAAUAAAUAGUAGAAAUGCAAUUGAUUGACCACCUUAAUCAAAAUCUAAUUCAUUUCUCUCAAUUCUCAUUUCACUCUUUCACUUUGCCCCUGGGUUAAAGACACAUUUGGUCACUGAGAUUACAAAAUCGGGACAUAUUUAGUCACUAGAAAAAGUUAAUAUCAAAUUUGGUCACUACAAUUACUAAAACUGGACACAUUUAGUCACUCGCUGUUAGUCUCCGUCCAACUCCGUUAAUGAAGUCCGUUAAGUGCUGAUGUGGCAAACAGAAUUGCCUAAUCAGCCGGAUAUAACCCAACAAAAAUAAAACCCGACCCGCCACGUCAUUAUAACCCGCCACAUCAUUAAAACCAACCCAACCCCACCCAACCCUUCUUCCUCCUACCUCGGCACCUCCCACCUCCUUCUUUCCCCAAAACCACCGCCGCCGCCGCUCUCCUCCUUCCUCCCACCUCCUCCCGCAAACCUGUUCGACCUAACCACUGAAACUAUCCCCGCCCACUGAAACGUCCAGCAGAUCAAUUCCCCCCUCGAAAAAAUGCCAGCCGACAAGACAAUGGAAGCGGUGAAAGGCCUCGAUGUCCCGCGGUACAUGGGCGGGUGGUAUGAGAUCGCCUGCUUCCCGUCCCGAUUCCAACCCAGAGACGGCGAGAACACCCGAGCGACCUACACACUGAAGGAAGACUCCACCACCGUCGGCGUGCUGAACGAGACGUGGAGCGGCGGGAAACGGAGCUACAUCGAAGAGACGACGUACAAGGCCGAUCCCAACAGCGACAAGGCGAAGCUGAAGGUGAAGUUCUGGGUCCCGCCAUUCCUGCCGAUUAUCCCUGUCACCGGAGACUACUGGGUUCUCUACAUCGAUCCGGAGUAUCGACACGCGCUGAUCGGUCAGCCGAGCCGCAAUUAUCUUUGGAUACUGAGCAGGACUCCUCAUAUGGAAGAGGAGACGAACAGAUUUGGUGAGGGAUGGUGAAUGAUUGGUUUGCUGGGUUAGGUCAAACAGGUUUGCGGGAGGAGGUGGGAGGAAGGAGGAGAGCGGCGGCGGCGGUGGUUUUGGGGAAAGAAGGAGGUGGGAGGUGCCGAGGUGGGAGGAAGGAGGAAGAAGGGUUGGGUGGGGUUGGGUUGGUUUUAAUGAUGUGGCGGGUCGAGUUUUAUUUUUGUUGGGCUAUAUCCGGCUGAUUAGGCAAUUCUGUUUGCCACAUAAGCACUUAACGGACUUCAUUAACGGAGUUGGACGGAGACUAACGGCGAGUGACUAAAUGUGUCCAGUUUUAGUAAUUGUAGUGACCAAAUUUGAUAUUAACUUUUUCUAGUGACUAAAUAUGUCCCGAUUUUGUAAUCUCAGUGACCAAAUGUGUCUUUAACCCCUUUGCCCCUUGUCAACAAGAUUAUGUUAGUUAAUUAUUAUUUAGUAGAUGUAUCAGAGUUAGAACAUAAUAAUUUGAAAAAUAUUAUACUCUAUAUUAUGUAUUAAUGGAUAUUUUAGGAUCAUAAUCUUUGAACCAUAUUAAAAAAAUGACCGUGUUUUAUUGACUUCAUGAUAUAAAAUGUUCGUUUAGAAUUAUAAUUAGAACUUUUCUUGUAAGUUUUAGGUAUAAUAAUGUUGGAUGUACGGGUAUGGGUAUUACCCAUGGGUACCCGAAACCCGUGGGUAUGGGGAUGGGUUUGCAAAACAUUCCCCCGCAUGGGUAUAGGGCGGGUAUGGGUUUGGGUAUUUGAAGAUGGGUAUUGGGAUGGUUUAAGCAAACCCGCCCCAUUGCCAUCCCUACUUGUACUAAUCAAGUUAGAUGGACAUUAAUAUAUAAGAAUCUCUUCUCUUGUAUUUUCGAUGUGAUACUUGUAUUGCAUCAUAACAGAUUUCAAUAACAACUCGCGAUCGACGCCAUUCUAUUUGGCUUUCAUGAUCUCUCAGUUUGAUGCUAGCUAGGAUCAGAAGAAGCAUCAACUGGACACCUCCUAAUCGACAUCUACUUUGUACCAAAAAAACAACCCAUAGAGAUUGGUGUUCGGAUGAGAUAAUUACUAUGCUUGGUCAUGAUCACCAUAGACCAAUCAACUACGUUGAUCACCAUGAUACAAUUCUAUUUUCUUUUACGGUUAGGAGUUUGGAUGUGAAUAAAUGAUGGUUAGAUUAUAUAAUCUUUGGUUAAUUAUACUCCUUAUCUAUAUUUUGUAUACAUAACUUUGCUACAUAACUUUGUAUGAACAAUUUUGAUUUCACAUUGUGGUCGAUUGAGUUUUAGUGGUAAUAUUAAUAUACCCCAAUCAGAGCAUACACAUCAAUAAUGGUAUUUGCUCAAUUGCUAAUCCUAUAUGAUAUUCAAUAUGCAACUGCAAAGGGGAUUACACCAAUAUAGUGGGAAAUUGUAAAUAUGUAACCUUGCAUUAAAUGAAAUCUAAAAUGCAAGCCAUAUAGGAAAAUAAUAAAGACUCUUGAUGUGUUUAUUUUAUAAUUGUAAAGUCAUUUAAACUCCCAUAUAUGCAAUUGCAAGUGAAUUGCAUUGAUUUCGGAGCAAUGAAAUAAAAGUGAGUUCGAUUGCAUAAAAUUUGAAACGAUAAUAUAAAAAUAAUAUAAAAUUAGUUUUGCAAUUGCAUUAAUGUGGAUGCUCUUAGCUGACACGCCGCUGAUCAGGUGCCGACGAAGGAGGGUGGAGGAGGUACUAAAGGGAUUUGAACAAGUGAGAUUCAGGUUCGAAGCUAGUAGUAUUAUAACCAGACCAAAUCUUUAUUGCGACGAAACUACCACGGGAAAACGCGAAGAAAAGAUGGGGUAAAAUGUUUGAUUAUUAUUUCAUCAAAAAUCAAAAGGUUUGGCUAUUAUAUCGUAUUAACCGAGCUAUUAGUUGUGGCAGUGGUGGGUACUAACAGUUAUGGAGCAAGUUAAUAAUGAUGGCAAUGCGGC